GAGUCACAUUGAAAUGGUAAAGAGAAUGAAGAUAUGGAGUUACAGAGAGGGAGAGAUACCAAUGGUCCACAAUGGGCCAACUACAUACAUUUACUCAAUAGAAGGACAGUUCAUUUUCGAGUUGGAAAGUGAAGUCUCAGAGCAUUCAUUCAUGGCAAAGAAUCCAGAUGAAGCCCACGCCUUCUUCCUGCCCAUCAGUAUCUCCAAACUCACAGACUCACUCUACCCAACCUAUAGCAUAACAGGAGGCUUUUCUGAAACUCUGUCUCGUGUUUUCACUGACUACGUUUAUGUUCUCUCUCGUAAAUACCCUUACUGGAAUCGCACUAAUGGAGCUGACCACUUUUUUGUCUCUUGCCAUGACUGGGCACCAAGAAUUUCACGUAUAGAUAGUGGCAUAUACGAGAACUUCAUGAAAGUGUUAUGCAAUGCCAACACUUCCGAAGGCUUCAAACCAACAAGAGACGUAUCCUUACCAGAAUACAACCUAAAGGCAUUCGAACUGGGACCGCCGCGACAUGGCCAGCGCCCAGGUCAGCGGUCGGUCCUCGCCUUCUUCGCCGGGGCAGCCCACGGCGACAUAAGAGAGAAACUUUUCAAGCAUUGGAAGGAAAAAGAUGAUGAAAUCCUCGUCUUCGAACACCUACCAAAGAACUACAGCUACCACAAGCUCAUGGGACAGACCAAGUUUUGCUUGUGCCCUAGCGGUUCUGAAGUGGCGAGUCCUCGAGUGGUGGAGGCAAUGCACCAAGGCUGUGUCCCAGUUCUCAUAUCUGAUUACUACUCCAUACCCUUUGAAGAUGUUCUUGAUUGGAGCAAGUUUUCAAUUCAAAUCCCACCAAGCAAAAUACCAGAAAUCAAGAACAUUUUGAAAGCGGUUCCUUACUCGAAAUACUUGACAUUGCAGAAGAGAGUGAUGAAAGUGAGUAGGCAUUUUGAGCUGAAUCGACCAGCUAAGCCCUUUGAUGUGUUCCAUAUGGUGCUUCACUCUGUCUGGCUUAGAAGGCUUAAUUUUAGGUUGCCAUAUUAAUUAGUCAAAUUUAUUUAUAGUUUAUUUUUUU